ACGUGUGUGUCCCUCCUGCCGCAUGCUCUAUAAGAUGACAUCUGCUGUCAUUUACAGAUGGAGAAGUUGUGUCCUCUGCUGCAGAUUCUGCUCCUGAACAUGGCGGGAACCUCAAUGUGAGAAAACAUGGGUGGACGGAUCAACCACUGGAGUCAGCCAGCCAGGACCCCCAGGAUAUGGUCAUCGGUUCCCCCUAUAACGCUGUCUGUCUUACCGCCCUCGCCCCUGAACCGUCAGGCCACGUGGCUGGGUAUGAGGACACGGCUAUAGGAGACGGCAGUGGAAAACAUUUACCAGCCCCGGACUGGCCACUGCCUCCGGCCACGGAGCUCUUCCCUGAGGACACUACGUGGGUAUUUCCUGCUAUCACAGAGGAUGAAGCGAGAGAGGCUUUCCUGGAUUACGUCAGCAGCAACACCUGCUACAGCCGUGCGCCAGCUAAAGAGAUGGUCAUCCAGAAAGUCUGCCACGUGAAUGCCUUCAAGGUGGAACUGUGGACUCGGUAGACCAUGGAGCUGCUCCACAGCCCUGGGAGAUCCCAGUAUCCAAGUGUCUGUUUAUAGAUCACGAGAGCCGGCUCCCAGUGCCGCACACAUCCUCUGUGAAGACCUGCGUGCAGUGCUCAGGAAGGAGCAGCAUCAGCUGUACACAGUGUUCUAUAAUAGGAUUGGUUCAGUGUCCGGCCUGUCAUGGAAUUGGCCAACUGCACCCAGAUAUUCUGUGCUACAAAUGUAGUGGAAGGAGACAAAUAACAUGUGAAACAUGUGACGGCUCCCGUGUGAAAACAUGCCCAAAGUGCUCUGGAAAGCAUCAGAUUGAGAACUACAUUCAACUAAGGAUCAAAUGGAAGAAUCACAUUUUAGAAUUUGUAAAUAUUAAUGAUUCUAAUUUUCCCGCUGUACUUCUCAAUAAAGUGACAGGAGAGAUAGUCUUCAUUGCUGAGA